AUCCAUAUGUAGGGGUCCCGAUUGAUAUAUCUAACUUCUAAGGAAUAGCCAUGCUCGAAUCCUUAGAGUGUCUGUAAAUAUAGCCAGGGUCUUCAACGUCCCUAGGGUUAAGGUUACCUCUCUUGAACUCAUGCCACCUAUUCGCGAUAAGUUCACGAUCCAUUCAAGAGCGGUGGUCUGCCAAGAUGUAGAAUUAAAGGGUGAUAUCACCAUCGGACCAGGCACAGUCGUACACCCCAAAGCCACCAUCUUCGCAAUAGCUGGUCCCAUCGUAAUUGGUUCGGGUUGCAUCAUUGAGGAGGCCGCAAUAAUAGUCAAUCGCCGCAAAGAAGUGAUGAGGGUCGGUGACAAUAAUUUGUUCGAGAUUGGUUGUCGCGUCGAAUGUCCAUCCGUUGGCAACUUCAACACUAUAUCGACGCGUGCGCGCGUCCACCAUACUGUGCGAAUAUCAAAUUACUGUGUCAUUGGUGCUGCGUGCCUCGUGGUUCCUACCGACGACGAGACCCUCGACGACUACACGUCUAUCUUCGGACCCGCUGCAGAAAGAAGGACUUGGAGUGGAAGGGGAAGGAUUCAAGAAGCGGACUUGAGGUUGAAACACGCAGAGUAUCUCCGUGAGAUGCUACCAAAAUUCAAUCGACUACGGAGGGGGGAUGGUGCUUGACGUCUUGGUACACGUUUUUUCUUGCCUCAGCCUCGGAGGAUCACACGGGCAUCAACAUCAAUGACACCGGUAGGUAGAUCCGUCGCACAUAAUCGCCUGUCUAUUCCAAGGUAAUGACCUACACUGGAAUUACAUGUAAUUGCGCAUGUACAUGUGGAACAGCAGUGGGGAUAGAGCAUCCCCACUGUCGUUUUAUAUGCCUUGCGUCUCGAUGGCCUUCGUGUGAAAUCAUUCGUGUGCUGCAGACCGUAUACACACGAUGGUAUGAGUACUUGGGAGUCUCUGGGAUGUCACGAUGUACCUUAGGUACCCGGAGUUAACUUG